AUGACCGCAUCUGUGCUGCUGCAUUCACACUGGCCUGACCCGGUGAUGUUUCUGUACGACAGUGCCCUGGAUGACAGAAGCAAAAACAUGGAGACUUUCCCCGGAGGCAACUUUGCUGCAAGUCAGUGCAGGAAUCUGUUGGCGCAUCCAACUUCCAUGGCUCCCAGCACCACCUACACCAGCGACGUGCCAGUGUCGGGUAUGGGCGACCCGGGGAAGCAGUGCAGCCCCUGCUCCGCCACCCAGAGCUCCCCCAACGCCUCUCUGCCCUAUGGAUACUUUGGCAGCAGCUAUUACCCGUGUCGAAUGUCACACGGCAGCGUGAAGACGCAGAGCACGGCGUACACGGACAAGUACGUGGACUCUGCGCUGUCUGGAGAUGACUUCUCCUCUCGGGCCAAAGAGUUCUUUUAUCAGGGAUACUCCCCUACUCCUUAUCAGCCCAGCUACCUGGACGUGCCGGUGGUACCUGCUCUCAGUGCGCCCUCUGAGGCCAGACACGAGUCUCUGCUGCCCAUGGACACGUACCAGCCCUGGGCCCUCACCAACAGCUGGAGUGGUCAGGUUUACAGCGCCAAGGAGCAGCCUCAAACAAACACGCUGUGGAAGCCCUCCCUACAAGACAGUGUUCCUGGAAGUGACAGCUCCUUACGCCGCGGGAGGAAGAAGCGUGUGCCCUACACCAAAGUGCAGCUCAAAGAACUGGAGAGGGAAUACGCCACCAAUAAAUUUAUCACCAAAGAUAAAAGGAGGCGGAUAUCUGCGCAGGCGAACCUGACAGAGAGGCAGGUGACUAUCUGGUUCCAGAACCGACGCGUAAAGGAGAAGAAAGUUGUCAAUAAGUUCAAGAGUUCUGGUUAG